GUUCAGGGGUCGGUUCUACAUAGCCGAAUGGAGUUUCGGCUCCUGCGGCCAUGGCUCUCGGCGCCGAUCAUGCGUUCGUCCUGCACGGAGUCAGGAGCCCUCUGAGGAAGAAACUAAAUGGUUAUCUUACAAACUCACAAAGAACAUUCACCACACGUCAGCAAGGUGACAUAUCAGCAGACUCAGCAAAAGCUCUCAUGGAUGAUAAAAUGAAGGAAAUGCGCAUGGCAGACAGCAGCAAGGACAGUACCAGCAUUGAUGAGUUGGAACAAAGUUUAAGUGAACUGAAGGUGCAGGUGAAAAACUUGACUGAGAGUCUGAGCCCUGAAUUAUUGACAGAGUACAAGAAGAUAGGAGAGUCAGAUAGCAUCUUGAGAUCCAGUCGCAAAAACGGUGACUGGCUCUGCUCAACUGGUGGGACAUUUCCUGAGGAGGAUAUUGUUGGACAAGCAACAAAUCCUGAUGAGUCAGAAUGGUUUCUGAGGCCAAGGCAUUUAGUGCAGUCACUCGGCAGAUAUCCAGCACUUGAAGACCUUGGGGUUCCUGUUCAUUCCUUGUCACCAGUGGACCGAGUGGUGGACCUCACUGGGAGUGAGAUCGCCAGCAAAAACAACAAAAUAUCCACGAUCUCACCUGUAGACAUUGCCUACAGAGAAAGUUUUCCGCUGAAGAUCGGUGCACCACAUGUAAUUGGAGUCAGGGCUCUCCUUCCUCCUCAGAUACCAGUCAGGCCUCAGUCUCCUGAACGGACCAGAUCAUCAUUCCUUAGAGACCAAGCUCAGAUUCUCAGGCGCCCCAGGAGCAUCCGAUCACGAUCUCUAUCCCCAGCUUCCAAACGAAGUCGUUGUCUGCAGUCCUGCUCGGAAUCUCCUAAACCUGUUUGGAGACCAAAUUCUAUGAAAGUAAAUGCAUGUGGACAGCCCCCUCCCCCAAUUAACAGGCAGAGGUCAGGGAGUAAGAAGAUAUCCUCCAACAGACUGACACACUCCUAUUCCUACAAACCAGGGAAGUUCAAUUCAAGUUCCCAACUUGGGUCAAGUCAGAGCCUGGAUGACAGCUCAUGCUCCUUGUGGGCUUCAUGCAGAUUGGCAGUCCCACCUGUGUCAUCUCUUUCUGCUCAGGAAAUCAAUGAAAGAUUUCUGCAGUCACUGGCAGAGGGCGAUGUCAGGCAAUCAUUGGUGGAAAUGUUGCCAUACCAACAAGAACUCUCUCAGCUGAGGUUGGAACGUCUCCGAGUUGAGGAAGAGUUUCUCCUGGAGCUGAAACGGCAACAAGAAGUGGAAAGAAUCCGGGGUCCACAGCCCAAGUGGUAUGAAAUGAAAGGAUCUCGCUUCCAUUAUGAAGCUCACAAGAACAAUGAACUGUUAUGAAGCAGUGAGGAUUGGCAGUCUGUGUUUAAAUAUCAGGAAGAUCUACUGUCUACAUCUGAGGUCUUCAUUCCAACUGGCUGUCAUUGUAAUCCAGAUUGUCUGUGAUAUUCAACAGUAACUAUUCUUCUGGUUGCCUAACAUUCAAUCAUCUAGGCAUUUAAACAAAAGACUUUCAGAUGCAUCUACUUAAAAGUCUUGUGUAGUCAGGUCUCAUUGACAUGCUACAGCAUUUUUAAACAAUGGUGUGAGAUCUCCACCAGAAAUAAGGAUUUCUUCCUGACUGGAGUAAAGCUGAAUGAAGUUGAGGUUAAGAAUUGCCAAGGUGGUUUGAGAGAUUCCUGGGCCUGUUGAUGAAUACUCUGCUUUUCAAUAAUAUGACGAAAAGUGAUAAUGGAAUGGAACAAUGUUCAUAACUGUGUGUAAUAUGCAGUUGCAACUUGCAUUGUACAGCUUUUAUUGUCAGAGUGGUGGUAUAGUAACUGUAUCAUGAAAUGAUAUAAUUUUAAUGUAAAGAGUAUGAAUGAUUUUCUGAAACUUUUAUCCUGGAAAGCAAGUUUGCUGUCUGAUUCUGUUUCAUUUUGAUAAAGCUGCUGGUUUCAAAAAUAUAAGAAAGCAAAGUACUCAUAUCCUGCAAGCAUGUCAGCUUUCUAUAAAGAUUCAACGUUAUAAAAAUAGAUUGGCAGCGAACAUUCCAAUUCUUUGCCAGGAAAUGAAUGAGUUUCUAAGACGUGUGCUUCACAGUUCCUUGUAUGCUGCUUUUGCAGUUGUAACAUAUGCAAUAUCACAAGAUACAUGCAGAUCAUGAAGGCAUUUGGGCCAACUUCUUUGGAUACAAAUUCUACGCCGUCAUCCUUUGACCAUUGUCACAGCAUCCAACUGUACCAUUUUGGUAUUUGUUUCCAACUGUCUAUCUAACUGACAUCAGUUCUAAUAUGCCUUCUAUUAAUUUUAAUCUGUAGCUCCUAUAUUGCUGAUUUAACUUUUUCUUUUGUUGCAUCAUUUACUACAUAUUGCUUUAAGGUUGUUGCUCAGUCAUUUCCUUUCAAUGCUGAAAGACUAGAGUCUCUCAGCCUUUUUCUUGUUAUUUAGUUUGUUUGACACACAAGAUCAGCCAGUGACUUCACAUCACUUCCUCAAUGCUUGACUAUUUCCUUAAUGCUUUGUUGGCCAAUGAUAUGGUCUAUUUUGACUGCUGGUUCAUUAUAAUUUCCACUAAUUUAUAUACUCUUGUACACAAUUCAUUCAGAAUUUCUUUUGUUUUAUUGAUUCCAGCAAUGCAGUGAUUACAUACGCGAAGCAGCAUGUCUGCUUAUUCAGUGACAUAUUUUUCAACUUCACCCUUUAACAAUUUUGGUGAGGUCCACCUGCUGCUCAACAUAGAGCUUUCUACAACCGUUUGGGAUGUCAUUAUCAUCUUAGGAGUAAAUUAGCUUAGUUAGGCAAAAUCAUCCCUUUUGUACCUGUUGGCUGAAGUAAUUAAACUGCUUAAUCAAAAUCAAGAUGGUUUCAUUUAAUAUAACUGUGACAACAUAAACAUUUUUGGUUUUAAAUAUGGUUCUGAUCUGUAACAGUAAUAUUAAUUUUGCAUGCCAUGGUUUAGGUCUGGUGUGCAGUUAAAGUUGUUAGAGAUCAAAGUAUCAAGAUUGUAAAGAAAUUGGUGAAUUUAUUGUUGUCUGUAUUUUCCAUUAGUGGGAGUCAGUAGUUUGCUGGUAGGGGUCUGUGCAUUUAUUGAUGCGUUUGUCAUUGGUUUGGUUGUUAUUGAUGGGGUCAUUUAUUAAUUGGCAAUGGGGGCUGGGUGCCUUUCUGAUGAUAAGGGACAGAGGGUUUUUUGUUGUUGGAUGGAGAGAGAAGGUCUAUCAUUGAUGGAAGGGAAGAAAGGCUGCUUGUUAAUUGUGGGGAAUAGUCUGUUGUUGACUGGUUCCGAGGGUUUAUAAGUUUAUGGAGGGUGCUAUUGGUUGCUCAUUUUUAGAACAUAGAACAGCACAGCACAGAACAGGCCCUUCAGCAUGUUGUGCCGACCAUUGAUCCUCAUGUAUGCACCCUCAAAUUUCUGUGACCAUAUGCAUGGCCAGCGGUCUCUUAAAUGACCCCAAUGACCUUGCUUCCACAACUGCUGCUGGCAACGCAUUCCAUGCUCUCACAACUCUCUGUGUAAAGAACCCGCCUCUGACAUCCCCUCUAUACUUUCCUCCAACCAGCUUAAAACUAUGACCCCUCGUGUUAGCCAUUUCUGCCCUGGGAAAUAGUCUCUGGCUAUCAACUCUAUCUAUGCCUCUCAUUAUCUUGUAUACCUCAAUUAGGUCCCCUCUCCUCCUCCUUUUCUCCAAUGAAAAAAGUCCGAACUCAGUCAACCGCUCUUCAUAAGAUAAGCCCUCCAGUCCAGGCAGCAUCCUGGUAAACCUCCUCUGAACCCUCUCCAAAGCAUACACAUCUUUCCUAUAAUAGGGUGACCAGAACUGGACGCAGUAUUCCAAGUGCGGUCUAACCAAAGUUUUAUAGAGCUGCAACAAGAUCUCACGACUCUUAAACUCAAUCCCCCUGCUAAAGAAAACCAAAACACCAUAUGCUUUCUUAACAACCCUGUCCACUUGGGUGGCCAUUUUAAGGGAUCUAUGUAUCUGCACACCAAGAUCCCACUGUUCCUCCACACUGCCAAGAAUCCUAUCCUUAAUCCUGUACUCAGCUUUCAAAUUCGACCUUCCAAAAUGCAUCACCUUGCGUUUAUCCAGGUUGAACUCCAUCUGCCACCUCUCAGCCCAUCUCUGCAUCCUGUCAAUGUCCCGCUGCGGCCUACAACAGCCCUGUCAACGACACCUCCAACUUUUGUCGUCUGCAAACUUGCUGACCCAUCCUUCAAGCCCCUUAUCUAAGUCCUUAAUAAAAAUUACAAAUAGUAGACGCCCAAGGACAGGGCCCUGUGGAACACCACUCACCACUGACUUCCAGGCAGAAUAUUUUCCUUCUACUACCACUCCCUGCCUUCUGUUGGCCAGCCAAUUCUGUAUCCAGACAGCUAAGUUCCCCUGUAUCCCAUUCCUCCUGACCUUCUGAAUGAGCCUACCAUGGGGAACCUUAUCAAAUGCCUUAUUGAAGUCCAUAUACACCACAUACACAGCUCGACCCUCAUCAACUUUUCUAGUCACAUCCUCAAAGAACUCGAUAAGGUUAGUGAGGCAUGACCUGCCCCUCACAAAGCCGUGUUGACUGCAUUUAAUCAAGCCAUGCUCUUCCAGAUGGUCAUAAAUCCUAUCCCUCAGAAUCCAUUCUAACACCUUGCAGAUGACAGACAUGAGACUUACUGGUUUGUAAUUGCCGGGGAUUUCCCUAUUUCCUCUCUUGAAGAGAGGAAUUACAUUUGCCUCCCUCCAGUCCUCAGGUACGACUCCAGUGGAGAGUGAGGAUGCAAAGACCUCGCAAGUGGCGAAGCAAUUGCAUUUCUUGCUUCCCAAAGCAGCCGAGGACAAAUCUGGUCCAGGCCUGGCGACUUGUCAAUCUUAAUGUUUGACAAAAUUUUCAGCACAUCAGCUUCCUCUAUCUCUAUCCAUUCCAGCAUGCACACCUGCUCUUCAAAGGUUUCAUUCACUACAAAGUUCUUUUCUUUCGUAAAGGCAGAAGCAAAAAACUCAUUAAGGGCUUCCUCUACCUCCUCAGACUCCACACACAAGUUCCCUAUGCUAUCCCUGAUCGGCCCUACUCUUUCUUUGACCAUUCUGUUAUUCCUCACGUAAGUGUAAAAUGCCUUGGUGUUUUCCCUAAUUCGUUCUGCCAAGCCUUUCUCGUGCCCCCUCCUGGCUCUCAGACCAUUUUUGAGCUCUUUCCUUGCCUGCCUGUAAUCCUCUAGAGCUGAGCUUGACCCUAGCUUCCUCCACCUUAUGUAAGCUACCUUCUUCCUUUUCACGAGAAGCUCCACCGCUCUCGUCAUCGUUUUGAUAGAGGACAGUGUAUUUAUCACUGACAACGUGAUGUUAGCAUUAAUUAGGUUGGUUGUUUUGAUUUUGUUUUGCACCACUUCCAGGGUUUAAGCAUCACCCUAAUGUCUCUGUAAUUAAAUAUAAUUUGGCUGGAGCAGUGCAUCAGCAUGACUUCCUUCAAAUGAUAAUAUACUGGGGAAGCAAUAGAUAGAAAUUUUGCUGAAAUAACGAUGUACCAUAAAUUUUGGAAUUUGUGCCUGUGUUUGUAACAAGCUGAAGGUUGCAGCUGUUCUUCCUACGGCUGGGGCUGCUUUCACUAUUCAAUGGAACAUUGUUAACUGCACUGAUAAUCUGCUUAUGACGCACGUGAACAGUAUGGGAUGUGAUAACAAGGGCUGUAAACUGUACUGCUUUUAUGCUAUACACAGAGGUCCGAAGAGAGACCACCAAGUGAGAACGUGACUGUUACUCUGGUGUUGACUCCGGACCUCUCGCUGGCUAAGCUAAAAUAAAGAAGUUAAUGGAACUUUUGAUGGGUCCGGAAGUUUUUGAGUCUUUUUGCCCUCUCUUGAUUUGCCAACAACUCAGCCUUCUGUUAGCUUUACUCAUUUGCUGUUCCACAAUGAUGUAAAAUGUUGAAUCACAGGCUAAGUUGUACUAUUAGGAACAUCUAUGUCAGUAUCAUAGGUGUGAGGUCAGUAAUAUUAUUUAUUGAGAAGUGCUCAGUGACAAGACUGCUGAUAAUUUAUCAAGUGUGUGUAUUGUUGGGGGCAGAGUGUUAUGAAAUGGAAUGGGUGGGGGCACAGUUCUGACUACAUUAUAUUUGGCUGUGUGGAUUUAUUGGAGAAAUGUAAUUUGUCUCACAUUAAUGAUAUCAAUGUUUUUGCAUCCUUAAAUAUUCUGUGAUCUAAUUGAUAUGGGGCAGUAUGUGGACGUAAUGGAGGGACAGUGUGUAAUAUAUUUUAAUGGUAGAGUGUGAGAUAAGGGAGAAACAAGUGAUUUUUCUGAAUAAAAGAAAUGAGCUAUUGUGUGAUUAGUACAUGGUGUUACUGGGGGCAUUUUCCUUGCUAUAGUUUGUGUCAGAUUUACUAAAAUAAUAGGAAAGGGAACACAUGCAUGCAAGGCAUGGCCACUCACCCAGAAAGGACAGAAUCAAUCUUGCCUUUGAGUUAGUUAUACAAAAAGGAAAAAAAUUGCCUCCUGCCCCUUCUUUAUCAUCAAAGAUUAAUUGCAGUUUGAUUCAUGAUGAAACUCAUUACAAAUUGAAAUUUUAAUGCUGCAGUAACUAAGUCUUCAAUGAUAUUAAUUUUGUAAAGCAACUGAGCAACUGCUUUGAUGUUACAAUAUAGGGUUGUCAUAAUGUAUUGUCACUAGAAGGCUGAGCUGCACAGAAUAUAUUUGAGUCAGUGUUCUGAUUUUCAAUAAUGUAUCAAAGUUUGAGCUGUUCGCACUUUGCCCUCUAAAUUUUAUCAGCAGUCAAAUUUUACAGUAGCAGCUCAGACGCAAGUUGAUAUAUAUGUAGAGGUGUCCAAUGGUGCUGCUGACUUGAGGGAACAGGAUCUCUGCCUUUUACCUGUCUGAGAUAGCACGGGGAGGGAGGGAGAGGGGUGUUGGAAGCUAGGGACCAAAAAUUUACAAGAUAAAGAAAUGCCACUGCAAAAAGAAAAGAUGGUGAUAAUUUUCAAAUGGUCAUUAAGACCAGAAGAUAGAUGGGGUGACACUGAAUAGAAGGAGAAAAUGUAAAAGGAUGUCAGAGACUAGAAGGAGGAGGAAAACUUUUGGGAACCUGUACAGGACACGAAGCAGAGGUUGGAAGGCAAACAUUCAGUUAUAAAUAAGAGAUGACACAGUGUGGAGCCCCAUUUCUGAAGAAGGGUCUUAACCUGAAAUGUUAGUUUUCCUGCUCCUCUGAUGCCGCCUGGCCUGCUGUCUUCCUCCAGCUCCGACUCCAGCAGCAGCAGUUCUUACUAACUCUGAGCAUUUGGCUAACUUGUUUUGGCUGCUGACAGCACAUUAUCAAAUUUAAAGGUUUUGUGUUUUAGGUAAAAUACCUCAAUCAUAGUUGUUGUGAAGUAAAUCAGGCAGGGUAAAUAUCAAUGUUGAAAGGGAGAAAAUAGUGUAUUAAAAGUAAUUGAAGUCUCUGUUAGUCUGACAGAAUUACCCAUUGAUUCAAUAGAUUAGAGGUAUGCCAACACUGCUAAUGCGAGAUUAUUGGUAAUAAAAACUUAUACCAGAACAUCACCUGUCAAUGUGUGUCUACUUUAGUGAUUUGGUAUGCAAUGAACUCAAAAUGGAACAUUGAUAAAUUACAGUAUGGCGUUCUUUAGUAAACAUCAUGGCUUGAAUUAAUGUUCAAGAUCUUUCACUGUGACAUUGCUGAAUUUUUAAUACGUAAUUUUGUAGAUUUGCAGCACCAUUUUAUGCCAUUAUGCUGCGGCGGGGGGGUCAGUUUUGUCUCAGUAAUAUAUUAAUCAGUGAGUAAUUCAGCCAGCGUCCAAAAAAUCCAAGGUUUGGUUCUGUACUGACUUAACUGAUCAUAGAAUCCCUGUCGUGUGGAAACAGGGCCCUUCAGCCCAACAAGUCCACACUGAAUCUCAGAGCAUCACACCUAGACCUAUCCCACUAUCCCAUCUAAUCUACACAUCCCUGAACACGAUGGGCAAUUUAGCAUAGCCAAUCCAUCCAACUUGCACAUCUUUGGGACUGUGGGAGGAAACUGGAGCACCCGGAGGAAACCCACGCAGACAGGGAGAAGGGCAACUGUCUGUGUGGAGUUUGCACAGAGGGUGGAAUCAAACCCAAGUUCAUGGCACUGUGAGGCAGCAGUGCUGACCACUGAGCCACUGUGCCUCUCAAUCAAGAUCAAGUAGAAGUCUUCUAAUUGGCCUAGUGUUUUUAGACGGGUUAUGGCUUUGGUGUGAUUCUACUCCAUUUUUAGUAGCCUGUCUUAAAUUGCUUAAGAGAUAACAUGCAAAACUAAAUUUUAGUUUCUAAAUGGAGACAGCACCAAAAAUGACUUCAACUUUUACUCAACUGUCAGAGCCUAUUAGAUUUGGGUUGGAUUGACUGAGACGAGCAAAGGGUUUUGUUUCAGAGAUUGUUUUUUGCUCCAACAUAGUAUGCAUUGAAUGAGGGAACUUGCACAAUAUACAUUCAUUGAACCUACAGCUUACAAACAGGAUUAGCUAUUACCUUCCAAAGUCAGGAGAAGAAAAUCACGAAGAGACAUUAGUUCUUUUAAAUGCCGAGACAUAUGUCUACACUUUGAUUAGAUUGUAUUUCCAAUACUUAAAAGUAUUAUGUUUGAUUGUUACCAGCAUUUUCAAUGCAAUA